AUGGAUAAGGUGGAAACCUCGGUCAUCGCCAAAAACCGGCAGCCAAAUAUUUUUAAGUGCUGCAAAUUGUUGUGGACGGAGCACAGAGGAAGGACCCCAAGGGGGCACAUUGUGGUUUAUGUCGGCGAGAAAAUGCGUAGAUUCGUGGUUCCGAUUUCUUGCUUGAGAAAUGCUCAGUUACAAGAGCUGUUUGAAGAAUCUGCAGAAGUUUAUGGGUAUUAUAGCAAUUGUGGUAAAAUUGUGUUGCCUUGCAGCGAGUCCGCUUUUUUUGGGGUUUUGAAUUGCUCGGAGGAGGGGUACGAAUGUCAUUCUUGA